CGCCCUCUUUUGGGUAUGCAGGUACUAAGAGCCCUCUCACUACCAACCAGCGGACAUCAUCUGGCUGGGUCUUGCCGGGGAGAUCGGAGCAACAGGGAACGCCUAGACGACGUUUUUCUUCCUGGGCUGCAGUAAGUAGAUCGAGAGGUCGUUCCGCCCCUUGUCCCCGAAUAUGGGGAAUAUGUUCUCAUAAAAUCUUGCUCCAAUCUGACCUAGCUGGCGAGCGAUCCCAGUUCGCGACAGAGAACAAGACAGCAAGCGAGCGUACUUUUGUUCGCUUCUUCUCCACCAAGCACGGAAGUUUAAGGAUAACUGUAGGUCGGUGGCUACCUAAGGAAACUCCGAUUCGAUCCGCCCCCCGGCUGGGAGGCAUCUACCUCAUCCCGAUCACAAGGAGAGGUUCACUAUGA